GCCGGUCGCCGCCGCCGCCAUCGCCGCCAUGGCCUGGGGCGCCUCGCUCGCCGAGUGCCUGCGCGAGUGGGAGGAGCUGCAGGACGGCUACCAGCGCAUCCAGGACAACCACAAGCUGUACAAGCAGAAACUCGAGGAGCUGACCAAGCUGCAGGAUGGCAUCUCCAGCUCCAUCGCCCGGCAGAAGAAGCGGCUGAAGGAGCUGUCCCUGUCCCUCAAAAAAUGCAGAGCCCAGGCGAGUCCCGAGCAGCAAGCAUCCAUCCAAGAGACCCAGAGCCUGAUUAAAGAGAGGCAGAACGUGUUCUUUGAGAUGGAGGCCUAUCUGCCAAAGAAGAACGGGUUGUACCUGAGUCUGGUGCUCGGCAAUGUGAACGUGACCCUGCUCAGCAAACAGGCCAAGUUUGCAUAUAAAGAUGAGUACGAGAAGUUCAAGCUCUACCUCACCAUCAUCCUCCUCAUUGUCUCCUUCUCCUGUCGGUUCCUCCUCAACUCCAGGGUGACAGACGCCGUCUUCAACUUCCUCCUGGUGUGGUACUACUGCACCCUCACCAUCCGCGAGAGCAUCCUCAUCAACAACGGCUCCAAGAUCAAAGGCUGGUGGGUUUUCCAUCACUACAUCUCCACCUUCCUCUCAGGUGUCAUGCUGACGUGGCCAGAUGGGCUCAUGUACCAGAUGUUCAGGAACCAGUUUCUGUCCUUCUCCAUGUACCAGAGCUUUGUGCAGUUCCUGCAGUAUUACUACCAGAGCGGGUGCUUGUACCGGCUGCGGGCGCUGGGAGAGAGGCACAACAUGGACCUGACUGUGGAGGGCUUCCAGUCCUGGAUGUGGAGAGGCCUCACGUUCCUGCUUCCUUUCCUCUUCUUUGGGCAGUUCUGGCAGCUGUACAAUGCCAUCACCCUGUUCCGCAUGCUGCAGCACCCCGAGUGCAAGGAGUGGCAGGUCCUCAUGUGCGGCCUCCCCUUCUCCAUCCUCUUCCUGGGUAACUUCUUCACCACGCUCCGUGUCGUCCACCAGAAGAUCCAGAACAAGAACCAGGACACGAAGGAGAACUGAAGUGGGGCCCUGUGGGGGCCUGGACUGUUUCUCCAUCCCCUGUCCCCAUCUCCUCAAUUCCGUCCGGACUCUGGGGUCUCACCCCAUCCCUUGGAGGCCUGGCUGUGGGACAGAGCUUGGGGCCUGCUCCUGGGCAGUCCCUGUGGGGCUGGAUCCCUGCUGGAGUCACUCACCCGCAGCCAGGGGCACCCUGCACCUCCCAUCCUGGCUGCCUUCCCCAUCCAGACAGCAGGGGACAGCCACUGCCCUUCCUGGCACUGGCAUGUCCUCUGGAUGCUGCUGCUCCUCACUGGGACAGGGCAGUGCCCAGGGACUGCCUCCCACAGCUCCUGGGGUGCUGCAGGAUCCCCCUCUGCCCCCCAGCCCUGCACCCACGGCAGCUGGGGCCGUGCACAGCUGAUUCCAGGGCUGCCCCAGCUCCUCCCUCACCUCCAACCCACAGGGAAUGGGGUGGGAGCAGCAGGAGCUGGGGCUGGGCAAUGCAAGCAGCAGCCUGGGCUGGCAGCUCCUGAGGCUGCAGAUGUGAAAAUAAAGGGAAGGAGCUGCCCUGGCUCAGUCUGGGAACUGCUCCCACACUCUGCUCUGUG